GUUGACAUUUAUGACAUAUGUCAAAGAAUCUUCUGGAACGUGCUGCCAGAAAAGUCCGGUUAUGUUUUUCGAGAAAGAAGAAUAAUCUCUGUUGAGCAUUUCGUGUGCGAGGUUCGUAAACGUGCUUCAUUUGGUACCAAAGAGAAAGAAGCGUGCUUGACACAAGUUAAAGCGUAAUAAGGUGCAUUAUACAUUUCAAGUGAGCCGUACUACCUGCAAAAAUGGACCAGGUAAACGCGCUGAAGGAUAAAGGUAACAAGGCGCUAGCAGAAAACAACACCCAAGAAGCAAUCAACUGCUACUCGGAAGCUAUAAAGUUGGACUCUAGCAAUGCCGUGUUGUACUCCAACAGAUCUGCGGCUUACGCCAAAGCGAAUCAGUACGAGCUGGCGCUCAAAGACGCUGAAAAAGCUGUAGAACUGAAGCCUGAUUGGUCCAAAGCAUACUCGAGAAAAGGAGCUGCUUUAUCAUACCUGGGACAGUAUGAUGAAGCCAUAUCCACUUAUGAAAAAGGACUGCAAAUUGAUCCUAAUAACAAACAGUUGAGUGACGGCUUAGCUGAGGUGAAAGCUCAAAAAGCAGCAAGAGGCAGACCAUUCUCAAACCCAUUCCAAAGUGCUGAUGUACUAAAUAAGCUGAGAAAUGAUCCUAGAACAAGAGACUGGUUGAACGAUCCUGAGUAUCUGGCACUAGUUGCAGAGCUUCAGUCAAAUCCACAAGCUAUGGCACUUAAGCUACAAGAUCCUAGAGUACUUACAACAUUAGGUGUAUUGAUGGGAGUUGAUUUAAAUGGAAUGGAUGAAGCAAUGGAUACCGAACCAUCACCGCCUCCUCAAAAACCGGAACCAAAACCUGAACCUAAAAAAGAACCAGAACCAGAGCUGCCUGAGAAUAAGAAAUUAGCUAAGCAGGAGAAAGAGCAAGGCAAUUCGUUUUAUAAGAAGAAAGAUUUUGCAAAUGCUAUUAUACAUUAUCAAAAGGCUAUUGAGCAUGAUCCUACAGACAUAACGUUCUACAACAACUUAGCAGCUGUAUAUUUCGAACAAAAAGAAUAUGAAACCUGUAUUAAAGAAUGUGAGAAAGCUAUACAAAUUGGUAGAGAAAAUAGAGCUGACUUCAAACUGAUAGCUAAAUCCUUUAUGAGAAUUGGCAAUGCGUAUAGAAAAAUGAAAGACUACAAAAGUGCGAAGACCUACUAUGAAAAAUCAAUGUCUGAACAUAGGACGCCAGAAGUGAAGACUUUACUGUCAGAAGUAGAAAGGAUAAUCAAGGAAGAGGAAGAAAAAUCUUAUAUUAAUCCGGAACUAGCUGAAAAAGAAAAGGAAAUGGGCAAUGAAUUUUUUAAGAAAGGUGACUAUGCAACAGCUGUGAAACACUACACUGAAGCAAUCAAACGUAACCCAAGUGACGCGAAAUUAUAUAGUAAUAGGGCUGCUUGUUACACAAAAUUAGCCGCAUUCGAUCUAGGUUUGAAAGACUGUGAUAAAUGUGUUGAGUUAGACCCCAAGUUUAUCAAAGGCUGGAUUAGGAAAGGUCAUAUUCUGCAAGGCAUGCAGCAACCGACAAAAGCCAUUGCGGCCUUCCAGAAGGCAUUGGAAUUGGAUCCGAACAACGCUGAAGCAUUGGCUGGUUACCGAGCUUGCGCUCUCGAGAACAACAUGGAUGGAGAUCCGGAAAAGAUCAGACAACGUGCCAUGGCAGAUCCUGAGGUGCAGUCGAUUCUUCGCGACCCAGCCAUGCGUAUGAUUCUGGAGCAGAUGCAGAACGACCCUAGGGCGCUGCAAGACCAUCUGAAGAAUCCGGACAUCGCCGCUAAGAUACAGAAACUUUUGGAAUCAGGCCUUAUUGCCAUCCGCUAGUUCGGUUAGUCUCAGGCGUUUAUUUACAUUAUUUAAUUGCAUUAUCAUAUGUUAUAUGUAACAUCGAUUUUGUAUCGUACGUACUCCAUUGUUCGUUCGUUUUAGUUUAGGAAAGUCUGGGUUAUUGUAAACUUUUCCUCGAUCAUUUCACAUUGGUGACCUUAUGUCAAAAAAUCUCAAUUAUCGUAAUAAAGGCGUUUAGAUAAUUACUAGAAAAUACCUGUAUUUGCAAGCAAGAAGUGUUUCAAAAAAAUUGCAAUUCAUAUGACUGCCAUUUUUGGCAUGUGGUCCCUAGCCCAAAUCACAAGGUUGUAAUUCUUUAUGCAAAGAAAUAUUCAAAGGCAUAUGGCUUUAACUCACUUAUGAAGGCAUAAAUUGAUUUUUGUGAUGCAUUUUGACACAUUGAAAAUAUACAGUGGCAAUAUCAAAAUAUCCCAAAAAUUACGUGUCGUAGAGAAAAAUGUUUGACAAUAGUUGUGAGGUUUGAAAGGGGUUGUCUAAUAGCGACCUUGAACCAGACCUCCAGGGAUAUGUGAAGGUCAAUGCAGUUUUAUUCAAUGGAAACUCCUCUAUUCAACAAAUGUUGUAAUAAAUAGCAACAAUGUCCAUGACAUUGAAAUCCAAGGUAAUUUUAAGGUUAAAUGAAUUUAAUUCUAAAUUGUAAUUGACGGAUAAUUUUACGCUUAGUUAUAGUAAACUACUUUUCGAGGAAAGCAACACAUUUUGCGGUCAAGGUCACUAUCAUGCAUUUGACGGUGACCUUGACUAGGAAGGUCAUUUAGAGGACAAACAGAUUUUUUUAGCAGGAUACUUCUGUUUUCUUCGCUUCCUGGUAUAUCCUCGACUACUGUAAACAUUUUAAAAGUCAAGAACACCGCUAAAGGACUCUUCAAAUUGCACAACUUUUUUAAGAUACUUUGUUUUACCCGUAUUUUUGAAAGUCAAAUGACCUUCAAGGACAUUUUAACUUCUGGUGUCAAAAAUAGAUUCCAUUAAAAAACCUCGACCUUGAAGGGUAAUGGACAAGGUCACCAUUAGAUAACACAUACAACUGUAGUAAAAUAGUGUCGAAAAAGUUGUAAGAUGCUUAACAGAAAUCAAUUUGGUGCCUCUAUCAAAUCGAAUAGAUUUUUGAAUCUAUGGUUAUAUACAGUUUAUGAUCGAUUCCAGCAAAGCACUAACUAUAAUAAAAUGUAGUUGCUUAAAAAAAUGGCAGUUUUAUUUCAUCCUGAUCCAAAAUCCGAUAAAAACUAUUAUGAA